UGUCAAUUGUCAAGUAUCAAAACAAAACAAAUUUUACCGAGAAUUUUUUUUGCCUAGUGAAUUGCGUUUUGUAAUAAAACGUAUGGUGUUGAAUUUUCUAGUUAAUGGCAAGAGUGAAUUCAAGCAAUACUCUUCAAAAUGGCUAGUUCAGCCGAAUACACUAAAUACGAUGACGUUCUUACUUCUAUUUUGGUUGACGAAAAAUCAAUAUUAGGUUUUUUGUCUACUAUAUUUAAUUUUCUUGCGAGAUGUACCGAUUUCUACUAUGUUCCCGCUGAUAGUGAGUAUAAAAACAUGGGUUUCCCGCCAGGGGUAGCAGAGGAGCUUGUGCUCAAAGUAUUACGUAGAUGUGACCCAAAAAACUGGCAGGCUAAAAAUGAUACCCCCACAGACAUGAAUGAGAUAAUGUGUUCCACUGUAGCUCAAGAAGUGGAAGUCAUAGCUGAUGAAGACAUGGACGAUAUUAAUGACACAUUAGAGAGCACAACCAUACAAGAUGUAGAUAGAGCUGAGAACAGUGAUAUUAAGAAUAAACUAGAAACAGAAGCUGCUGAAAACACUAAGGACACCAAAGAUGAGAAUGCAUUAUUGCCUGAAAAAUACGAGCCUCCAGUUAUCCCUACUCAAAAAAAUAGUGAGUCUUAUAAUGGAGCAGUAAGGGAAAAGUACUCUUGGGCACAGACUAUCAUGGAUUUGGAUGUAACUAUGAAACUGCCACUGGAGAUAAAAUCUUCUAAAGAGUUGAAAGUAACAAUUAAUCCGGGAGACUUAAGCAUAGUUUGUUGCAAUGGUGACAUAAUCCUAAAAGAUGAACUGCCACAUAAAAUAAAGACAAUGGACAGUUUUUGGAGCAUCAGCGAGGGCAGAUUGCUGAUACAUUUAGAAAAAGUUCAAGAGCGCUGGUGGAAUAAGUUGUUGAAUGCAGAAGAAGAAAUAGAUAUUUCUAAAAUUGACUGUUCACGACCACUCAAUGAACUGCCUGAAGAUCAUAUUGCUAAGAUACAAGAAUUACAUUGGAAUCAAGAACAGAAGCUAAAAGGCCUCCCUACAAGUGAUGAAAUAAGAAAUAUUGAAAUUCUCAAAAAGGCAUGGAAUGCACCAGGUUCUCCUUUCCAGGGCACAGAAUUCAAUCCAAAUGUACUUAAAAAGUAGUAAAAUUUUAUUAUAUAACAUACAUAUUAUCCUUAAACAUUGUUAUAAUGCAUUUAAAAUUAUUCUUAUGCAGACAUUAUCUUGGAUGUGUAUAAUAAUAAUCAUAUUACAAAAUAACAUGAAUAAAUAUAAUAAAACUU